AUGACCGCCGAUAACAUGGAGACUCAAGGCGAGAUCGAUGAGAAUGGGUUGCCUGGCCCAGGUGCGCCUACCCCUCUUUCCGCACUGGAGGGACUUGCGGGCUUGACGGCCAGAGAUAUUAAGCUGUUUGUCGAUGCUGGAUACCACACUGUUGAGUCGAUUGCCUAUACACCAAAACGUUUGCUGGAGCAGAUCAAGGGUAUCUCAGAGCAAAAGGCGACCAAGGUCUUGGUGGAGGCUGCAAAACUCGUGCCGAUGGGCUUCACAACGGCCACUGAAAUGCAUGCCCGACGAAGUGAGCUCAUCUCAAUUACCACCGGAUCGAAGCGACUUGACACCCUGCUCGGAGGUGGCGUUGAAACUGGCUCAAUUACGGAGAUUUUUGGAGAAUUCAGAACGGGAAAGAGUCAAAUAUGCCAUACUCUCGCGGUGACCUGCCAACUUCCCUUCGAUAUGGGCGGAGGCGAAGGAAAGUGUUUGUACAUCGACACCGAGGGAACCUUCCGGCCCGUCCGUCUCCUAGCAGUCGCUCAGAGGUUCGGACUUGUCGGAGAGGAAGUUCUCGACAAUGUGGCAUACGCACGCGCGUACAAUUCAGACCAUCAGCUGGAACUACUCAACCAGGCAUCGCAGAUGAUGUGUGAAACCCGGUUCUCGCUUCUUAUCGUCGACUCGGCGACUUCGCUAUAUCGAACGGAUUUCAACGGCCGUGGUGAGCUCUCGUCACGACAGACGCAUUUGGCCAAGUUCAUGCGCACGCUGCUGCGCCUCGCCGAUGUAUUCGGAAUCGCGGUUGUCAUUACCAACCAGGUCGUGGCCCAGGUCGAUGGUGGGCCGAGCGCCAUGUUCAAUCCUGAUCCUAAAAAACCUAUCGGAGGUAAUAUCAUUGCUCACGCGAGUACGACUCGACUCAGUCUGAAGAAGGGCCGUGGUGAGACUCGUGUUUGCAAGAUUUAUGAUAGCCCUUGUCUGCCUGAGAGUGAUUGUCUCUUUGCAAUCAAUGAGGACGGCAUCGGCGACCCCAAUGAGAAGGAUAUGGAGAACGAAUAA